AAAAAGACAGUCUCAGAAUAUACUUGUUUGUGUGUCGCGUAUACAGACAACAUAAAAGUGUAUUUGAAGUCAGGUCGUAGAGUCGUAGACCACAGAUGACUGAGCGUCGUUGAGUGUCGAGCGGAGGCCAACCGGUUAAACAACUUUUUAACAAGCUGGAGUUUUGCGUUCUGCGCGUACUCGACGAAAGUCGAAACUGAGUCUUUACAGAGUUGAGCCAUCUUUGCUUAAAAAUGCUCGAACACCACAUGAUACGUGUCGGUACUUUGUGUUAUAACAUGCACAUUUUUUUUAUAUUCAUGUUUCCAUUUAUUUGCAUUAAACUUGUUCAUAUCCUGUAUUCUUGUACAUGCAAAAGAUUGUUUUUAUGAAAUUCAAAAGUUGUAAUAUAGAUUAAUCGAAAUUCACUUAAAAUUAUAUUUUAUAGUCGAAAUUUUAGUGUAUUUUUCCAUGAUUAACAACGAUCGAGAAUCCUUAUAAUUUUCAUGUACUAUUUAUUAACAAUUAAAUAAGAAAAAAAAAAAUUGAUCUCUAAGUUAAGGUUAUUUCCAAAUAUGAAAACCUGAAUUUAAUUUUCCAUUUUUUUUUUUAAAUUUUUUAAAUAAAAUAAUUAUGUAUUUGGUGAAAUUCUUUUAUAAUUUUCCUCUUAGUUAAACUUUUUAGUAGUAGUAUUAGUGUCUGUAAAGAUAGGUCGGCAAGACUCACACUGAUAACGACGAAUCAGUGAAGUAAAAAGAUUUUAGACAUGGGAGGACGCUGAUAUUUUUUUUUUAAGUAGAGUUAGAUAGAGUUAGAUAGGAUACCUUUGCGAACCUAAAAAGUCGUCCUGUCAUGGGACUUAAAAACAAUCUUAAACAAAUUAAUCCUCUCGGAAAAAAAAAUGUAACGUUCACAUUUUUAUGAUUAACUCUAUCAGAUAGUUUACCUGAUAAGAGAGGUGCGACUAGACUAUAGACUAGACUAAUAUCCUCAAUAUAUAUUUUUAAAUUCCUUAGAUCGAAUAUAUAUUACUUAUUGAUUUAUCGUUAUUGAACUAUCAUUUUUUUUCGAAAAAAAAACCACAAACCAUCUGAUGACCGGAAAUAAGAGUUGAAAAUUGUAAAAUAACAUAUUGAUAACUGAUUUGUAAUCACUGAUCACUAAAUGUACUCCCGGCGGAUUUAAACAAUGAACCACAACUUACAAAAGAAUCAUGAGUAUUUGAAAGAUAAUAAUCUUCUUAUCAUUGAAAUAAUAAAUAAAUAAAAAUAAUUUUCGUCUCCAAAUAUUAUAACAUUAUUGCAAGCUGUAUGAAUGAUUAAAUAAAUGAUAAGGAUAUUGUCAUGAUUUCAAUGACCUUAUAGUAACCUACAGAAAAUAUAUAAAAUAUAUGGGUUGAAGAUAUAUUAAAAAAUACUUCAGGUAUAACACAAUUAUACAAUAAUUUUUCUAAAAAUUUAUUCACUCUAAAAAAAUGACUCAAUAGUUAACUAAUUCUAGCAAAAAAAGGAUAGGAAAUAAUGAGAAAAUAAUAAUGGCAACAAAAUUUUUCUUGGAGUUUCUUUUUGGUGUAUAUAUAUUUUAAGCAUAAAAUAAUAUAGCAGUAUAUCAUAAAAAUAUUUGAAUUAUAUAUAAUUGUAUUAUAAUGAUUAAAAAUAUUGAAAAAUAUGUCAACAAAAAACUUGAAAUCAAAAAAGAAAAAAAAAAGUCAAGUUCGACCAGCAGAUUGUACGUGCUAUGUUUUUAUGGGUCUGGCAAGAUGUGACGGGUAUGUGUAUCGAAGUAGGGGCAACGAACACGAAGAUACUUGAAAGAGGGGUAUGUGAAAGGAUACAACAGGGUUCUGGUCGUGUCUUAGGUAUACUGCCUCAUACAAUUUACCGAUCAGUCUCCCAAGAACGGUAAGUCGAUUAAUAUCCGUAAUAUAAGUGUUGUUUGUCCGUGUUCAAGUGUGUUUCAAAGGAUAAUCUCAAAAAAAAUUAUACAAUAAUAAUUAUGGAAUCGCUAUAUGUAUUAUAUUCUUGUGAUUUAAAUAUUGAUUAUCGUUGAUAUAAUCAUUAAUUGAUGUUUGUCUAUUAUGAUUAUGAUGAUGAAGAUGAUGGUGAUGAUGAUGAUAAUGGUAAUGCCAAUUAUAACAACUUAGAUGGAGUCAGAUUUUUUGACUUUAAUAUUAUUCCAAUAGUGGACAGAAAAACCACUUUAAAUGAGUGCAACAAAGAUGCAGGGCAAUCCUGUUUUUCUAGCUAUACUACUUGGUAUGAUAUUUUAUUCUUUUGGAGUAUCUCUCAGUAAUGCUUUGAAAUACAAAGCACCAGAUGAGUGCAAAUGGAUUGCAAGUGAUAAUAAUAAAGAUGAUAUAUCACUUGUAUGCCAUCUUAGAACAAUUAAUAGCGAAUUGGAAAAUACAAAUUUUAAUGUUAUUCAGCCACAGCAUACUGUACGAUUACGACUUGAGUGCAGUGAUGCACUUUUUUAUCAAAGUUCUUUGAGUGCUGGAAGUUUUAAACCCCUUAUUGAAUUACGUGAACUUAUUAUUGAAUAUUGUAAAAUAACAAAUUUAUCAGAUGAUGCUUUCAAAGGACUUCGAGAACUUCGUAAUCUUACAGUGCGUACACACAAUACAGACUGGUCAGCAAUGGCGCUUGAUGUUUCAGCUGGUGCAUUCACAAAUGAAUUAUCAAAGUUAGAAACAUUGGAUCUUGGUGAAAAUAAUAUGUGGAACUUUCCAGAGAGAAGUUUGUGCUCAUUGGAAAAUCUUAAAAUACUUAAUCUAACAAAAAAUCGUUUAAGAGAGAUAUCCAGUUUUCAUUUUAAUACUGGAACUCAACAAUGUAGUACUAAUUUGAAAGAAGUAGAUUUUAGUAACAAUAAUAUAGAAAUAUUACCAGCAGCUAUUUUUUCCGCACUAUCAAAAUUACAAAUUCUCAAUCUUUGUAGUAACAAAAUAAUUUUUAUAGCUGAUCGUGCCUUCGAAGGUUUAAGCUCAAUAAAUGUAUUAAAACUAGCAAAUAAUCAAUUAACAAGUUUGCCACCAGAUUUAUUUAAUGAUUCAAGAAAUAUUAAAGAAAUUGAUUUAAAAAAUAAUUCACUAAAUGUUUUACCACCUGGAUUAUUUAAUGAUCUUAUGCAACUUAUGAUAUUAGAUUUGUCAAUGAAUGAAUUGUCAAAUGAAUGGAUUAAUACUGCUACAUUUACUGGACUUGUGAGACUUGUUGUAUUGAAUCUAUCAAGCAAUAAAAUACGUAAAUUGGAAUCAACGAUAUUUCGAGAUCUUUUUAGCUUACAAACACUUCAACUUGAAAAAAAUCUCAUUGAAAGUUUAACUGAAAAUACUUUUUCAUCUCUCAAUAAUUUGCACACUCUUGUUUUAAGCGAUAAUCAAUUGACUGUUAUCGAUGCGAACAGUCUAAGUGGCUUGUACGUGCUGAGUCUUCUUUCCUUGGAUAAUAACAGACUCAGAGCACUUCAUCCAAACUCGUUACAAAAUGUAUCGUCUCUUCAAGACUUGCAUCUCAACGGAAACCAAUUGACGGUUGUACCAAAUGCACUGAGAGCCACGCCUUUUUUACGAACUCUUGAUCUUGGUGAAAAUCUCAUUUCCGAUAUACCUUCUGGUAUAUUUGAUCACAUGACACAGUUAUAUGGUCUGAGAUUUACAGAAAAUCAUCUUGUUAAUUUAACAAAAGAUAUUUUUGAUAAAAUAAAAGAACUUAAAAUACUAAAUUUAUCUCGUAAUAAAAUACAAUCAAUUGAAUCUGGUGCUUUUGAUGGAAAUAAAAAUAUUCAAGCAGUUCGUUUAGAUGGUAAUCAAUUAAGUGACAUUACUGGAUUAUUUUCAAAUCUCCCAAAUUUAGUGUGGCUCAAUGUUAGCGACAAUAAACUCAAAUGGUUUGACUAUGCAAUGAUACCAACUGGAUUACAGUGGCUGGAUAUACAUCUUAAUGAAAUAAGUGAAUUAGGUAAUUAUUUUGAAAUUGAAACACAACUUCAACUUAGUAUGUUCGAUGCAAGCGAAAAUAAAUUAACUGAAAUUACAGGUAAUUCAAUACCUAUGAGUGUAGAAGAACUUUUUUUAAAUGACAAUCAUAUAUUAAAAGUUCACAGUUAUUCAUUUUUCAAAAAACCAAAUUUAACUCGUGUUGAUCUUAAGGGUAAUAAAAUACAAAGCCUAGAAGCAUAUGCAUUAAGAAUAAGUGUAGUGCCAGAAAAUAAACCUCUACCAGAAUUUUAUAUUGGUGACAAUAAUUAUUUAUGUGAUUGUACGAUGGAGUGGUUACAACAAGUUAAUAAACAAAAUCAAUCUCGUAUUCAUCCUCGCGUGAUGGAUCUCGAAAGUAUAUAUUGUCGACUUUUAUAUGAUCGUGAACGAAUGUAUGUUCCACUUGUUGAAGCUUCACAUUCUCAAUUUCUUUGCAAAUAUGAGUCUCAUUGUUUUGCUUUAUGUCAUUGUUGUGAUUUUGAUGCAUGUGAUUGUGAAAUGACUUGUCCAAAUAAUUGUACUUGUUAUCAUGAUCAAUCAUGGUCAGCUAAUUUAGUUGAUUGUUCAGAUGGUAAUCAUAAUUACCAAUUGCCAAAACAAAUACCUAUGGAUGCAACAAAAUUAUACCUUGAUGGUAAUGAUCUUAGAAUAAUAUCAAGUCAUGCUUUCAUUGGUCGAAAAAAACUUCGAGUUUUAUUUCUUAAUGCUUCUAACAUUGAAAUGGUACAAAAUCGAUCAUUUAAUGGACUCAGAGAUUUGCAAAAUCUCCAUUUAGAAGAAAAUAAAAUUCGUGAAUUACGCGGUCAUGAAUUUGAAGGACUUGAUACUUUAAAAAUUCUUUGUCUUCAAAAAAACAAAAUUUCAGUAAUUGAAAAUAAUACAUUUGUUCCUUUAUAUUCAUUAAAAUAUUUAUAUUUACAAAAUAAUUAUUUAACGACAUUUCAAGUUUGGGUUUUGCCAGAAACUAUCAAUGUUGCUUUAGCUAAUAACCCAUGGUCAUGUGAUUGUGGAUAUCUCGAAGAAUAUCGUCAAUGGAUAUUUGCAGAAAAAAAUCAUGUAAUUGAUCAAUUUGAAAUAAGAUGUUUAUUUAAUUUAACUAAUUUUGAGGUAUACGGUGAAAAGAUAUUUAAUGAUUUUAAAUAUGUAUCUCGUGUAAUACACGAUAAAUCUAAUGACAAUAUCACAUGCAUGGGAAUUACAAACAUCAAAAAUAGAAAUACUAUUUCUGGAAAUUUGACAAAGACAAUAAUUGAAAAACAACUUUUUGAAGAUUACCUACCACUGCUUGUAUCAAAUUUAACUGUAUUUCUUUUAAUUUUAUUAUUCUGUGUUCUCAUAUUUAUAUUUUGGCAUGAAUUUAGAGUGUGGUUUCACUCAAAAUUUGGUGUCCGUAUUUUUUAUAGAAAUACAGAAUUUGAAAGAGAGGACCGAGAAAAAUUAUUUGAUGCAUUUGUCAGUUAUAGUUCAAAAGAUGAAGCAUUUGUCAUUGAAGAAUUAGCACCUGUGCUUGAAUUAGGAAAUCCAUCUUAUAAAUUGUGUCUUCAUUAUCGUGAUUUUCCAGUAGGAGAUUUUAUUGCUGAUACAAUUGUACAAGCUGUCGAAUCAUCAAAAAGAACGAUUAUAGUUUUAUCCGAAAAUUUCAUUAAAUCAGAAUGGUGCCGAUUUGAUUUUAAGUCAGCUCAUCAUCAAGUUCUUCGUGAUAGAAGACGUAGACUUAUUCUUGUUAUUGUUGGUGAUGUACCACAAGGAGAUUUGGAUCCUGAUAUUAGACUCUAUUUGAAAACAAACACAUACUUGCAAUGGGGUGAUAAAUUAUUUUGGGAAAAGUUGAGGUUUGCACUUCCUGAUAAACCAAAUAAUUCAAGAAUUGAGCAUCAAUUAUCGUCACCAGUUCACCGACAGUAUCAUAAUUCAACAAGCAGUACCCGUAAUGUUGCAGUUCAUAUGUAAAAUUGAUAUACUUCUAGUAUACCGCUGACUUAGUUUUUUUAUAAGUGCAUGAUUCAUUUUGUAGUUUAAUGUUUUUUUUUCGAGUGAUUUUUCUACAUUAUUAUUAAUUAAUGUAUUUGAAAAUUCUAAAAAAUCUGCUUAUUAAUUAAUUAAAUAAUAAACUGGUCUUUGAUUUGCAUUUUUAAUUUUUGGACUUAUAUGUAUCAUGCAAAUUGAAGGUGAUGAAGAAAUAAUAUUGCUUUUUUGUUGAGUUUAAAUGAAUGAAAUAAAAUACAUACCUCAUUUCUCAGCUGUUCAGAUUUUCAUUUUUGAACGAAGCUAUGUUAAUAUGUUCAUGCUAUGUUAAUUAUUUUUUAUGAAAAAGAAGAAGGUUUUUUAAAAAUUGUUUCUUGAGUUUUAAGAUAAUUUUUUUAUAUUUUAAAACGUGUGAUAAAAUUUUGAACGAUUAUAAAUUAUAAAUACCGAUGGUAUCAUCGCUUCAUUGUUAGUACCAUAAGAGAAAAGAAAUCUUUCAUUUUAAACUUGAUAAAAAAAAAUCUAAAAGAAUCGAAAUUUUAUUUUCUUAAUAACUGCAAUCCGUUAGAACACAUGAGACAAAAAAUGAAAAAAAAACGUC